ACCCGUAGGAGGAGCCAUGGGACUAUACUGCCUUAUUUGAAACAAGGCGGAAUGUGUUCAGAAUCACUCAUCAUGUUCACCAUGAAGACUUUAGGAAUCAGUUUGGCCGGUAGGGUGUGGCUGAUUCUCUUGUACUUCGCAUCCACAGGACUUUGUCUACAGAGGAUCCAUUGCAGGUGGGGUAGUUUUGGAGAAUGGUCUGCAUGUGAUCCAUGUACCAAAUUGCAGUCGAGGAGCCGUACCAUGGUAGUAUAUGCUCAGUUUGACGGGAAUCUCUGUGGUGGGGAGCCCAACGAGAAAAGGGCAUGUGAGACCACGCAACACUGCCCCCUGGGGGAUGGAUGCAGAAACAGGUUCCGAUGCCUAUCAGGAAAGUGUAUCAGUUUGUCCCUUGUGUGUAACGGCGACCAGGACUGCGAGGGAGACAGCUUGGACGAAGGUACAUGUGAAGUCAGACAGAUCAGUUGUCAAUCUGCACAUCAAACGCCGCCAAACAUUCAGAACCUUGGCGUUGGGUUUGAUAUUGUGACCGGCAAGGAGAGGGGGAUUGUGAUGAACACGCAGAGCUUCGGCGCUCAGUGUCGUCAUAUCGAAGGUCUGACAACCAACGUAGUCUACAGAGUACCCCUGAGCACCCUGAGCUACAACUAUGCGGUUAAGGUUGAGAAAGACUUGAGCGAGGAGUUGUUCGCUAGCCAUUGGGAAUAUUCCAAGAAAAAUGUCUACAGACAGACCGUGACCGGCACCACCACCGGAUCCACCUUCAAAGACUCCUCUGAAAAACAGUCCCGAGACAAGAAAACUACACUGCUAGUCUUAAAGAGUAACAUAGAGGUGGCUAGGUUCCAAAACCAAGCCCCGCAGUACAUCCCUAUAUCCGAGGCCUUCUGGAAGGCUCUGAGUGGCUUGCCGGCGGUCUACGACUAUACAGCGUACCGUGCGAUCGUGGAACGGUUUGGAACACACUACCGCUCCGAGGGAAGCCUCGGCGGCUACCUCAAAGCCUUCAUGUACGUCAGCAAAGACAGAUUUACCGCAAGUGCCAGCAAAUCAUAUAAAUAUAAGGAAUGCGACAAACCCAAAGAGUUUAUUUUGUUCGUCCCCUUCAGCAGAGAAACAUGCACAGAUGACGAGGAUCAAACAUCGAGUCGAAGCGAUGGCAAGAAUGACAUUCCAUUAUUAUUGAAAAUUGAAGUCGAGGGAGGCCUGCACAUCACAAGGAUGUACAACCUCUCUGAACCGGCCAAGAACUUGAUAGCCUACUCCGACUGGGCAGACUCUGUGAUAUCCUUUCCCGUGGUCAUAAAGCAAAAGCUUCGGCCAAUGUUCGAGCUGGUGAAGGAAGUGCCAUGUGCUGGGGUGAAGAAGCUCCACCUGCGCAUGGCCAUAGAGCAGUAUGAUGCAGAGACACACCCCUGCCACUGCCAGCCCUGCUGGAACAACGGCCUGCCGGUCCGGGAAGGCUCUAAGUGUACAUGCGUCUGCAAGCCGGGGACCUCGGGCUUUGGCUGUCAAACUGGCAGCGAAUUGGAGGGCCAGCAGGGAGUGAUCCACGGCAGUUGGUCCUGUUGGUCUCAGUGGACCUCAUGUUCUGGGAAUCGAAGGUCACGGUCCAGGGUGUGCUCCAACCCCAGUCCGCUGAACGGUGGUCUUCAAUGUAUCGGUGAGGCUUCUGAGAGGUCUGAGUGUGUGGACCAAGAUCUAGAGUAUUUCAGGACCCAGGAGCCAGAGUGCUUUGACUUUUCAAUGCCACCAAAACAGAAGUGUGGCCCACCACCUGUUUUAAUAAAUGGCUUUGUUUUGGAUCCUAAGGAUGUGUACCUUGUGGGAAAGAAACUGGAGUACAGAUGCAUUACCGGAUACCAUUUGGUGGGUAACGCUAUCAUAGAAUGUAUGGAGGAUCAGACAUGGUCCCAGCGUCCAGGCACGUGUGAAGCCUCAAAUUGCGUGGCUGCAGUCCUCACUGAGGGUGUCAUGGCCUCUCCAUUGAAAGGACUCUACCGCAUUGGGGAGAAGGUGACCCUGUCCUGCCCACCAGGCAAGCAGAUACUGGGGGAGACGGAGAUGAUCUGUGACCCCAGUCUGCUCUUCUCACCCAGCCCAGAAAGCGUCCGCUGUAUCGAGGGGACCAUUGUGACAGCUAGAGCCGCUACUGCACAAUGUCAACCAUGGGAGAAGUCUUCCAGAGGCAAAUGUGUCUGCCGGUUCCCCUAUGAGUGCAUGCCUUCCCUAGAAGUGUGUGCCGCCCUUACUCAGAGAGGGCCUGUUCUGCUGAGCGUAUGCAAACUGCACGCCUUGCAGUGUCUCGGCAAGAACCACACUCUGAUCGAGAACAGUUUCUGCGAGUGGCCGGUGAGGGAUACCGCAGACGCUUGUGGCAGCUGUGGCAUUUGGGAGGCCUGUAAUGAUCAGACCAACACGUGCCGCUGCAAGGAGGCAUCAGAGUGCUUGGGUCACGAGGUCAGUGUGUGUGCGCUCGUCGGAGACGAUGACAGCACACCUGCUGCCACUAUGAGCGAGUGUGAGGCGGGCCGUCGGAGGUGUACCGGGGAGAAAGUAACGGUCCUCAGCCUGCAGCCCUGUGGCCCCAUGUGAAGCUGUCUGGUUCUCAUUUGUGUUAUUCCAUUACUUCUAUUUCACAUAUGUGUUCCUCGACACACACACACACAAUUGAUGAUGCAUGCCAAUGUAUGAGGAUCGAUGCUAACAACAAGGAUUAAUAAAGAAAAACUGCCAUGCU